UUUCUGAUUUCUGGAUAUACCUAAAAUGCAAACUUUCAUGGAUUAAUGUUAGUGUGUAUGAGUGGUAGUCAUGAUGGAACUGAACGGCAACAUCAUAUCAGACGGGCCUUGGGGUGGCCGUGGCGGGGGAGAGUGGGACGACGGAUCCCAUUCAACCGUAAAGCGGUUGAUUAUAUCGCAUGGAUGGGUAAUUGAUUCCAUUGAGGUCGAGUACGGAGAUGAUGAAGGCAGAUCAGUCAGUCAUGGGAGGCAUGGAGGGGGUGGUGGCACACGAUCCGAGAUAGAUCUUGAUUACCCGGACGAAUUUAUCACGGCAAUCCAUGUGACCUAUGGUACCUUUGUAUGGCUUCCAGUGGUCAAGGCUGUUCACACACUUGAAAUUGAAACAAACAGAAGAAGAUACGGACCCUUUGGUUUUGGAACAGGCAGACGAUCCUUCACUUAUCGGGCUGCCAAUGGCAUGAUCGUUGGAUUCCAUGGAACGUCUGGUUCGUUUCUGAAUUCAAUCGGUGUGCAUGUUAGGCCUCUCCAUUAACCAAUUCUACCUGUUUCCACCUGAUGAGGUUCUAAUUAACCAAUCAGAAUGUGGUGAUGAUGAUCGACUGGUCUGGAGUUGCGCUUGAGUGGUUUCUAAUAAGUGAACUUUAUUCAGGAAUCAGGAUGAUAUUUUGUGUUUGUACUCUGUAGUCGUCGUCUGUUGUGUUGUGUUUUGUUUUGUUUUGUUCGAUCGUCGAUCGUCUGUUGUUGUGUGACUCUCUUUGAAUAAAUUGGAUACAAUGGGGUUCUGUUUAAUUUUAAUUUGCUUCA